AUGAAUCAGACAACUCCUUCAUCGACCAGUGGGAUCAUCCAACUCCUCGGACAAAAGAGACCUCGGGCAAUGGCUAUCUUAGCAAACUACAUGGCUGUUGUGAAAUACGUUGACAGCUAUUGGUGGUUCAAAGGACGCGCGGAGAAAGAGAUUUCUGGUAUCAGCAGAAUUUUACCAGAGCAGUGGCAAUGGGCCCUUCAUUGGCCGUUGACCAUCCUCGAAUCUCGAGAGAACGUGAAACGAGAUCCAAGGACAUUUAUGGAAACUGGAAGCAAUGACAUCCACACGGUCCCUGUUCUCAUGGGCAAUGGCAAUUAUCUCUUCGUCCGAUAG